AUGAAGACUCCAAUCGUCAGUUGGUUCAGCCAGUCGGUGGAUGGUGUCAAUCCCACACAGAUAGCCAUCUACGGUUCGGUAUCGUUCCUCGUCGUCUCGCUGCUUGGUUUGCUGAUUUACAUUACCUGCUCGAAGCGUUACCGACUCAACUGGUACGAAAAGAAUUUGCUGGAAUCGGCCAAGGAGCGUGAAGCGGCACAACGGGGCAGCCACCAGGGACACAUAACCUGCCCAAUUGCGUACAAUGUCGAUGCCGUCGCUGGGACGUCUCGCUAUCUAAAUCGAGCCAACGGUGGAAGCGGUGGGAGCCCCCAGACGCGAGCCGACCAUCCACCGUUCUGGGCGUCGCAGGGCCUUUACCGGAAAAGUGACAGCCGGGGGCAGUUGAUUGACACAUCGGACGAGGAAACGACCGGCGAGGACAGCGGUGAUUCUGCCUGCAGCAGCAGUAGGUCAGUUAUUGCGGCACCCAGCGGUGCGGUGGCCAUCGCCAGCACGGGUAAACAUGUAGUGCUUGUUACGUCAAGCCCGGCCAAACCCACCACCUCGAUGGUGUCUACGGUUGCGGCGACCGCGGGCGGCGGCACGGCCGGUGCGACCAAGGUUGACCAAGCGAAGAUCGAUAUGCUGGACUCCGUCAGCACGUGCAGUACGGUUAGCCGGGACGAGCUGGGCGGUGAGGACGCCCGCGGUGCAAUACAUCUGACACUGAGCUACGAUCCUGCGGCGGGCAUCCUGAACGUGAAGCUGGUCGAGGCCCAGGACCUGCAGCCACAGGACUUUAGCGGGACGGCAGACCCGUACGCCAAGAUAAGGUUGCUGCCGGAUCGGAACAAUAUGUGGCAGACGAGGAUUCACAAGAAAACGCUCAACCCUGUGUUUGAUGAGGAUUUUGUGUUUGAAGUGCGGUCGGCUACGAUCGGCAGGCGAACACUCGAGAUUCUCCUAUUCGACUUUGACGCGUACUCCCGCCACGUCUGCAUCGGUGGCGUACAGUUCCCGCUGGCACAGGUUUGCCUCGCCGAACGGAUAGACAUCUGGCGUCCACUGCUACCGUACACCGAACAGGACAACAAGCAGGAUUUGGGCGACUUGAUGGUGUCGCUAUCAUAUCUACCCGCCGCCGAAAAGCUCACGGUCGUCAUCAUCAAGGCACGCAAUCUGCGCGUCAUCGACGGUACACGAAAUUCCUCCGAUCCGUACGUGAAGGUGUGCCUGUACAAUGCGGAUGGGCGGCGAAUCAAGAAGCGCAAGACGACGGUGGCACGCAAUACGACCGCACCCGUCUACAACGAGGCCCUGACCUUCGACAUUAGUCGCGAAAUGUUGCGAGACUGUUCGAUCGAGUUCCAAGUGCUGCACGACAGUUUGUUGGGCAGGAAUGAAACGCUCGGCCGUGCGACGGUCGGCAGCGGGCCAGAGUUUCGGCAGGAAAACCGAAAGUUCUUCGACGAGUUGUUCCGUACGCGGGCAGCAACCGCCCAGUGGAUAUCGCUGUGCGAGCUGAAGAUGAAAUCCGACGCAGGGUCGAAGAAAAAGUGA